AUUGUCCCCUGCAGAACUGCAUGAUGUUUUAAAAGUGCGCUGAAUCCAGUUUACAGGCAGUCGAUAUAAUGUUUUCAAGCCGCACAGUGCUCAUAGGAAUACAACUAGGAGUCCUUCUUGUACAACUUGUACAUGGAGAGGAAGAUGAUCCUUGUACACAAUCAUUUCAGCCAGGUCCAUGCAGAGCAGAAAAACAUGUGGUAAAGUUUGAUCUUAAAUCCGGAAGUUGUAUUCCGGCGGUGUACGGCGGUUGCAGAGGAAACGGAAAUAGAUUCUCAGGUAUAACUGAAUGCGAAGAAACAUGUAAAGCUCAUUUAAAGGUUAAGUUUGAAGUUAAGAAUUCUGAGAUAUGUUCUCUUCCCCCCUUGAUAGGGGACAAAACCUGUCUUGGCAUCUUUCCAAGGUUCACUUACAACAGUGAGGUUGGAAGGUGUGAGAGCUAUCUCUACGGUGGUUGCAGUGGCUCCCAGAACCUCUAUAUUACACAGGAUGAGUGUAUCAAGACCUGCAUCAAUACAGAUACUACAGAAUCACCAAGUUGGUCCAGAGGUGCUGGAGAAGAUGCUGCCGAGGAUCCAACAUCUAUCCUGUUUCCAACAGCUGGAGAGGAAAAUGAAAACAAGGAUGAAAAUAUCUGCUCCCAGCCUCCAAUUUUACCAGGACCAAUGGGUUGCUUGGCGCUGGUCCCAAAGUGGACAUUUAGCACAAGUGAUGGAAAGUGUGUACAGUAUAUCUAUGGUGGAUGCCGCGGGACUAAGAAUUUGUUUGAUACUGAAUCUGAAUGCCGCGCUGCCUGUUCUGGUGGAGAAUUAAAGGGAAGAACCGCAGAAGUUUGCCAGUUGCCAAUUAAAGCAGGCCCCUGCAGAGGAAUGAAAUCAUCUUUUGGAUUUAAUUCCUUCACUGGACGUUGUGAAGCUUUUGUUUACGGAGGUUGUCAGGGGAAUGAAAACCGGUUUGGAAAUAUGGAGGAAUGCGUGAACACAUGUGGGGGAGAAACCCCCUUGGAUAACACAGAUUGUAGUUCUACAACAUGUGAUAUUAGAGAGGCCACACUACAAAAGUCCAAGGGCUGUAUACCCAUCACUAAAGCUGGAGAAUGUUGUCCUUCUUCCUGGGAUUGCUCUUCAUGGGAGAAUAGGCUGAACAACUUGGAUAAAUGCUUUGCUGUCAGUCCUGCAUUUCCCUCUGGGAAGUUCUACAAUGUUGGAGACAAAAUUGAUAUGUCUGUUGAGGACGGAUGCAGGGUUGGAUGCUUCUGCGAUCAGAAGAAUGAGAAUGAGGCAAUGGUGAUCUGUGCAUCUGUAGACUGCUUUGAUCCAAGACAAACUCAAUUUGAUAGAUGUGUCCCCCAAUACAAGAGUGUACAUUCCUGCUGUGCUGAUGAGUUUAUAUGUGAUGAUGAAGUAGACGGGUUGGGAGAAUGUGAAGUGGAUGGUAAAAUAUACAAACAUGGAGAGAAAAUGUAUCCACACAAGGACCCUUGUCUUGUCUGCUUAUGCCAGGCAGGUUGGGACGGAUCUCUGAGUUCUCCUCAGUGCUCUCAUGCAGACUGUGGUCUCUCCCAGUCCCCAGAGCUAUUGAAGGGUUGCCAGCCUAUUUACAGGGAUGAUGUUUGCUGCCCUGUAGACUGGGUUUGUCCUGCUGAAAACAAUAUUGAAACCCCCAGUGAGAAACUAGUGGCAUCAGAGUCAGCACUCAAACCAAAGGACAGAUGUCUGCUUCCUGGAGACAGUGGAGAAUGUUCUGAUCUUAGCUUCCGGUACUAUUUUGACAAGGAUUCUCAACGAUGUGUUCAGUUUGAGGGAUGUCCUGGAGAAUACAACAACUUUGAUUCUAGUGAAGAUUGUAACACAGUUUGCAGAGACUUGGUAGUUGGUGAUGCUAGAAUUUUGCCUGGACAGGUAUAUAAAUAUAUAUAA